UUUCACUGAUACCAUUGGCAUGUUUUGACAUUCCAUUGUUGAGACCCUCUAGGAGUAGGGAGUUCUAAUGGUUGUAAGUUGUAACUAAAGUAUCAAUACGUUUGCCAAUUAGUAGGUUAAUGGCAUGUUUGCUUUGUUUAGGUAUCAUUAUGUUCGCCUGUGUGGCAAAGGAGAACUAUGGUUGGUCUUAGUCUGUAUCGAAUGAUGGAUUUGUUAGCGGGCCUUUUUUUGCCUAUGAUAUUGGAGCCCAAAAGCUUAUCAUAACUUUUUUCAUAACUAUUUUAAGUGGAAGCUAUUUCAGUACGACAAGUAUCCGAAUCAGGUACGGAAUCCGAUACCGACACAGCAACACGCGGAAGUAUCGAGGACCCUUGGAAAACUUAGGUUAGCAUACUACUCUUUUGCUAAAUGUCAGUGCACAUUAAAAUGGUUAUUACUGGAGUGUUAACUCAUUUGGGUUAGCCAUAGGGUGUAUAUUGCCCGUGAAAGUUUUUUUUUUUGGCAUAGACUGUUUGAAAUGCAGGUCGAGUCACAACAAAGGGUGUGCAAAAAGCCAGUAUGGUCAGAGAGAGGUUCACGUCCUUACAUUUCUUCACACCGAAACUGAAGCACAAUAGGACAAAAUAAUGAUGAGGUUCACAUGUACUGCCAAAAAAGUAUAUCUUGUUCAACUUCCACUUUCAACUUCGAAAUACAGGUCAACUUUGAAUAAGGAUGGACACUACUCCUUAAAUUCUUGUCUUUUUAUAACUUUAUUUGCUAUAUAGCGCUCUAUGUUUUGCCCUCGGUGAAGGUCUCACUCCAGAAGAAGGGAUUAGAUCCAUCAUAAACAUUGUAGCCUCCUCUGCUUCCCAUAGGGCCACACUGAUCUGCAAUGGAAAAUGUUUCAGUUUUAGUUCUGGAUCAUGAUCCAGUAUCCCUGUUGAACAUCUCCAAUACGCUUGUGAAAUUCAACUUCAAAGGUGCGCAUUUCAAUUCCUAAGCAUCUCCAUUCUGUAUUCUUUUCCCCUUCCAUGUAAAAAAGGUGUUUUUAAAGGGAGAAUGAAAGAUAAUAGGUACAUCAUUUUGGAUCUAAUACAAAGACAAGCAAAAAGCUUUCGUGUAUUUUAGAAAAAUAUCAUUUGGAUCUGGUAUGGUUGGUGAAUGAUUACAACCAAUAUAUACCAUGCCAAUCAUUCAAUAUGAAAAUCUAUAGGUAAGAUCAACUCAUACCUAAGAUGUCACUACCUCAGGUUUUAUGUACCACUUUCUUAAUUAUGCACAAUUGGAUCUUUGUUCUGGUUGAUAGCCAAUAUUCAAGGUAUACUCAUAAUGAGAAAUAUAACAAGCACAUGUUCGAAAAGAGGCCUUUGGCGCGAUGUGCUUCAGUGCCAUGUCGGAUUGCUGUGGGCACACGCCUGGUGGUCUGGGGCGUGAGGCAGCUGAUGUCACAGACGCAUGAGAUUCGAUCAUGCGCGAUAUGCCUCAUGCUGUAGCGCAGCGGUACUCUCAAUCCCAUGGUUUUGUGAGCAAUUUUCUAUUUCUGGACAAAUCUCUGUUGUAAAUUGAGCACUCUUUUGCUUAGAACAGUGUACUUCUUAAUUUACACGGGUUUUUUUCCGUAUUAUCCACGAAUGUGAGUGGUCAAAAUCCAACUUAGGGACUAAAUUGCUAUUGUCUCAAGAUAUUCAAAUUCUUUUUCAGAAUUGGAGGAAUUUAUACACUCUAUUAGUCGCUGCUACUUAAUUGUUUCAUUUUUUGUGUGCUUAAGUUGGCUGGUUAAGUUGGCACACAUUUCUCUAUAUUAAGUUAAAAAUAUAUUCAUGAAACUAUUUAAAGGCUUUAAGAUUUGUUUCAUCCCGUAAGAGGGGGAACUGUGAUCCUUUCUACCUUCCAAUCAAUGGACACCUGAUACGUGCUAUUCAUGGGGUACAAUAAAAGACACAAUUUGAUGACCGUUGGCGUCUUCUAUCCGCACAUGCACAUCUGAUUUAAUUUUGGACAUUUCAUAUUUUCGUACUUCCUGUGUACGGCUGUUUGAUGGGAAGUUAGGGUGUAUGGCUGUUUGGCGGUAGGUUGGGGUGUACGGUCACCCAGUGGGAACUCUAUGUCGGUCCAUCUUGAUCUCGACCAGUAACUAGUGGUUGUCUGGCUUGCAUGCAAUGGAUAUAGAGCGUUUCUCAUCACGCAGGGCUCAGCGAGCUAUGGCCCACAUGGUAGCAAAUCUGUCCUCUAAAUCACAUAUGGAUCAUGUACAACCAUCAUCAUAUGUGGAGCAUUUCCGUUGGUAUAUGACAUUUUUAAACAGAAAGGAAGCAGAUGCAGUUCCAUAUAGGAUAUAGUGUUACUGUGUUACCCUUGGAAACUCCAUUAGAUUAUCUUACAUGUAUGUGCAGAAUAUAUUGAAUGAACUUUAUAUGGUUUAAACAGAAUGGCAGCAUAUAACUGCUAGAGUGGUACACUGAUCGCCCGUCCAAGUGUUGGAGUAUGAGGUGAAAUGAGAAAAGCAUAUGCCGAGAUAUCAAGUAGCUAUAUUAGGCUUAGAACUCACUUACUGUAAUAGUACAAGUGGAGGUUAGGAUAGUAAUGUAACAAUAUUUGAUCAUGCUAGCAUGGUUUUUACUUUUUUACUUUCCGAAGAUUUGAGUCUAACUCCACUAUUCCAUAGUUCUGCGCUUCCAAACAGCAGAAGAAGCCCUCGGUUCCCUCGAAAGGGGGGUUAUUAAAGGUGAGGAGCUUGAUUUGGUGGUAGCGGACGUUCGUACUGCCAACACAGAGAAUGAAACUUUGGCGGUGUUUCACCACAUCCUGGAUGCACUCGGAGUGCCUUUUGUCACAAUGUGUGAUUAUGAUGAUGUAGAGGCAGUCUCUGAACGUUUGACCCUAGGAUCAUGCUUCAAUGUGCUUAAACCAUUUGGCACUGAAACCCUCAACAUUCUGAUGCACAAAGCACUGCAACACAAAUCUAGAAGGGUGCUACCUGAGGGAUCAAUCAUUCCAAAGAAAACCCAAGGUAGAAUGGACUCAUCAUCUGCUAAAAAUCACGGGUCUAAAACUGAUGAUAAAGAAUCAUAUGUGCUCAAAGCACGUAGCUCAAAGAAGCUGUGUCGGUUCACAUGGAGCAGUCAGCUCCAUGAGAAGUUCCUGCGGGCUGUUGAAGUGCUUGGGGAGUUUGCUACGCCUAGCAAUAUUCGUCGGCACAUGAAUGUCGAGAAUUUGAAUUUGACCUUGGAGCACAUAGCAAGCCAUCUCCAGAAACAUCGGCUGCGAGAGCAGAAGGCGAAGCAAAAAAAGGAGGAAUCUAAAAAAUAUGCCAGCAUGAAAAAAUUAUCUGACCUGAUUACAUCAUCUCACAAGGAAGCCACUCCUGAACCCAUUGAUCAUCUGACGAGCACACAGAGGCAGAUCACACAUGAGGUUGCCUCUGCUACCUGUGAUAAGUACACUGGAAAUCCGUGGGCACAAGGGGAGGAACGUUCACCCGAUGAAGAAGUUUUAGAGACUAACGUGCACACAGCUGCAGUUUCUGAACGCCCUUCCAUAUCCGUGUGGGAUAAAUACGAGGAGAGCCUGCAGUGCUUUGGUGAAAGCCGGCCGAAAAGGAUUUCAUUGACGUACCAACCGAUGUUGCUGCCUGUGAAGAGUAAAGCUGUUGACGGAUAUGGAGGCAUUGCAUAUGUAUCACCAACUAUUGCUGGUGAAACGGGUUAUGGUGCACCAGCAAGCGUACCCCUGGAGAGCUCUGGCCCGUACAGCAUGAUAACAAGCCUGUUUCAGCAACCGAAAGACACCAGCAAUACUGACGCUGCAGGCAACAAUGUCAACCUGGUGGGCGUUAACCUGCAGGGUUGUUGUUAUACCAUGAACCAGGUUCACACCGCAGCUAAUCUGCAGAAAGAUACCAUUAACCAGGUGUGCCCUGCAGUUGCUCCUCUCGGAAAUACCAUGAAUGGGGCGUACGCUGCAGCCAUGGUCAUUGAUGGUCCGGUGGAUCUAGGGAUCAAUGGCCUGCUUGAUGGUACAGGCAGUUCCCGCUCCACUGCAGAGAAGAUGGCGUGGGAUUCAUUCUGCAGCUGGAAAGAAGCGGAGGCAUUUCUGAUGAACCAGCUGGAAGGAGAGGAGCUGGAAGGCAUUGGACCAGACGUUCAGCUCCAGGUAGACGAUGCUUCGAAGCAGAUGCUUCAGCCGAUGAACAUAGACGACAAUGCUCCCGUGGCUCAAACAAAUGAUGUGCCUGCUGUUCAAGAACCUGCCACUGGUGGUGCUCUGGCGUAUGAUCCUGAGUUUAGCAUUGAUGAUGUGCAGCCCUGGAGCCCUUUUAGCAUUGAUGAUGUGCAGCCCUGGAGCCCUCAGUUUGCAGGUGACGACUAUGGCAUGCCGUUCUAGGGCAGGACAGGUGACUGAAUACCUGAAAGUUGUAUAAGAACUAAUGAAUACUAGUAAUAAUGGUCACUGGUGAGAAAACCCUGGAUGAAAUAAGAGAGAGCUGCAGAUAACUGAGCUCAGGCAAAACAUAUGUUGUUGUAUGCAGACAUAUCCAGUGCUUCGUGACACUGGUUAAACAUAUUUACUUGGCUGUUUUGUUUCCAAUGUUUAUUCUUAUGCAUUAUGACC